UGCAACUCCUUCAACAAAAGAGAACCAAGGACCCUUAGCUGAAACUGUGGAUCAAAGAAGAGAAGACUAUACUAGUCUAGAAAUGAAUGCAGAACCGAGGAAAAAGGGACAUCAAGAAAGGACAGAGAAAGCAUGAUGGCCGUGAAAAAGCUCAGUCAUUGAUUGCCUCUGAGCAUAUUCCACAGAAGCAGGAUGUGAUUACUUUAACUGUCACUGCAGAUCAAAGAAGACAAACUAAGCCGACCAUGGUAAUGACAGGUCCGUGCAAAGAAGAGACAACAACAGAAGAUGAAAGAAAGUGUUAUAGCCAUGAAAGUGUUCAGUCCUCAAUCCUCUCUGAGCCUCUUGCACAAAAGAAGGAUGUUGUCUAUUCACCAAAGAUCUCAGAUCAGAGAGGAGAAAACGUGGCAAGUGGACAUAUGACAGCAGAACCAAACUUAUAUGUGACAUCUGGAGAAGAACAGAACCAGGAUGACAGCAGCAAUAGCAGUCAGCCAUCGCUUAAACGGAAGAAGAAGACAGGGUGCAGCCCCAAGAAGGACACAGUGGAAAAACCAUCUCGUGGUAACAUUGCGGCAGCUGCUUUUGCUGUGGGGGGUGGUGCUGACGUAGAUGCUGCCAUUUCUGAUAAUGGUGGUAGAAAUGGAUUCGCCCUGCAAAAGCAUUGUGGGAAGUCUGGUAACCACCAACUUCCUGUUACAACAAAAAAGCAUGUUGGGCUGAAUAAGAAAACCUGUGAUGAAAAGAACAAGACUGUAGAACACAUGGAUGCCAUGGAUGAUCACCAGUUAUCCGAAUCAGUCUCUGAGAAUGAUGAUUUGCCUGAUUAUGACAAUAUAUUGAUGAUAGUUGACCAACUUCAAAUGAACUAUAAAGAUUCUGGAAGACAGUUGGAAAUCCAGGAUGCAGUUCAUUCAUAUAAAAUGAUAAUAGGACGUAACCAAAGUCACUCAGAGUUACUUAUAGACAAAAGUAAUAAAAUUAAAAACCAAGCUGGCGAAGUGCUAAAGAAGCCACAAGAAACAGAAAAGAGGAAAUCACAGCUCAGAUGUAAAAACGAAGAACAGCAACUAGAACUCAUUGAUGUGGGAUUGGCUGGAAAACAAGAAGCACAGCAAAGGAAUCCUCAUUAUCUCUAUGAAAAAAUUAAGAAGCAAUUAACAGAAAAAGAAGAGCAAUAUAAAAAAGAAAAACAACAACUUGAAAGGCGCCUUGGAGCACAAGAUAUGGAACUCAGGCAUCUCAGAAAUGAUAUGAAUAAGCUGCAAGAAGCACAGAAUCAAGAGGCCAAGGCUGAAGACAGUGAUGGGAUGAGGAAGGGACACCUGCAAAGGGUAGAACAAGAAAUUUUCAAGUUAAAAGAAACCAUCAAAAAGCAAGCAGAGACAUUAGAACAACUUGAGAAAAAACUAUUAAGUAAAGAUAAAAGUUUGGUAAGAACUGACAGUCUGAUACAAGCAGGUCAAGAAUUUUUUACUAAUUUCAGAGAAAUUUAUGCUACUUCAGUAAUGAACCAGCUGGAACUCAGAAUCCAAAGUCUGGAAAGCAAGAUCUCUGAAAUGAAGAUUCAAACAUGUGAUGAUGUAAUAGUGCUGGAAAACUAUAACAAACUUCAUCAAUCACAUAAACUGAGACAGACUGAAGCCCAGCUGAAGGAGGUCACUGCUCAGUUCCUCAUGCUGAUUCAGCACAACAUGUCAUUACUAAACAUGCUAAGCUCCAUACUUGCCUCGGAGUGUUGCUGUGUUGCAAGUUUUCAGAGCAGUUUGGGAAGUCUCUUUACCCAAGAGAACAUGGUGACUCCCACUUCAGGCCCACAAUCUUCAAAGCACCACAUAACAGCCAACCUGGGUGUGUCUGCAGAUGGCAAUGAAGAUUUCAAUAAAGAGCUCAUCAAGUUAGUUCUGUGUCCACAGCCUGAGCUGGAUCACACAGAGAAGAAACGCAUGGAACUAGCUAAAGAGAAAACUCUAAGCAAAAAAUGUUUCAAAUGGACAAAAACGUCAGCUGAGCGUCAAAAUGGAGAGCAGAGUUACUCUGAUGUUUCGAACACCAGGCAAUUUGAAAAGGAUAGUCCAAUUGAUUUACCAAGACAUGAGAUAAGAGAAGAAAAUCAACAAACUUUUGAUGACAUAAUAGGAAACCAUAAAGCUUCAUGCAUAAGGCCACAGAAAUCCACACUUACAAACCUGCAAACAAAAUACCCAGAAGAAUUAACUCAUCACACCUCAUAUAAAACUGAACCAAAACAAUAUGAGGAUCCUUAUCUAGAAAUGGUAAAAAUGACAAAGUCAUUAUCUCGUGAACAACUAAAGUCUAAGGACACGAAUGAGGCCAUGAGGAAUAACUUUGAGAAAAUGAAGCUUUAUGGUUCUGCACUGAAUAUGUACGCAACGAGCCCUGCUCCGGGGUUUGCAGCUGGCCAUCCCCGCAACAGUAGGAAACGCAGCGGAAGCUUCAUUCAAGAAGAACCAUUGGUCCCAGACUCUAGGCCACUGCACUUUGUGGAGAGUCUGGGCAGCUAUCUGGGCAGGACAUGGCAGCAAUUGUACAAUGAUUACUACUAAAGAAGACAAAGAAGAUGUAUUACCGAAACGUACAAAUGAAGUUUAAUCAGUUCUGAAACAAAUUACCAUAAAUAAUAAAUGGCUUCAGUUUCCUUUGUUCAGCUAAUAAAUACAACAUUCAAUAUUUUUGUUGCAUACAUAAA